UAUUGAUUCGUUGAUUGUUACAAGUUUGAUUCCAACUGAGGUGAGUUAAUUGUUGUCUUUUCUGUUUGUAUUUAUAUUUUCAGUUUUCCCUCUUUUUUUUGUGAUCCAGUAACUUGUCUUGGUUUUGAUUGUGUGAAAAGUGAAUGGUAAUCCGAUAUAUUAAUUAGAUUUGAUUGAAGAAAGAGAAGUUGAUAUCUGAGGAGGAAACCAGAAAGUAACCAGAAUUGGAAGGUGAAUGAAUCAUUGAUUUAAUGUUAAAAUCUUUUCCCAACAAUAUAAUCACGGUUGGUUAACAUCGGAUCCAAUUUAAUUGUGUAAUGUUCAUGUCUCGUUGAUUGUUUCACUUUUUCUCUCUCUCGAUUCAGCCAAAAGCCUGAACAAUUGACACCAUCAGUGUCUUCUCAUUGUUACCAUUGAAAAAUCACAGUUAAUUAGAUUAACUUUUAAUUUUCUUGACGGUAACUUGAUUAUCCUUUUGUUACACUGAUCAAGAAUCAUCAGGUUAUCAGUAAUCCCGGUGUGUCCAUUGUAUCCAUCGAGUGGUUCAAGACAUUAGAUUGGCUCUUUUUAUUCAACCAACUCCUCAAGAUAAAGUAAAUGUUAUGACUGAUUAAUCCUGAUUAUCGAUGGGCAUCUUAUCCGAAGAUAAUUAAACUCCAAGCUCUUAUCUUCAUCAUCUUCUCUCCCGCUCUUAUCAUCAUCUCUCCUUUUUUACUCUCUCUCUCUCUCUCUCUCCUUCAUCAGUCAACAUUCACAAUGUAUUGAAGAAACUGAUCUACAGCAAAUAUCACCAAUUUUAAUGUUCUUUUUGUCUUUGUGAUUCUUUUUUCUUAAUUAUCUUCAUGUUUUCUUAUUUAUUAUUGUCUAUUCAUCAUCGCCUUUGAUUACUCAGUGUAACAAUCAACAAAUUAAGUGGAUUAAUUGGUUAUAUUAUUGAUCUUUAAUCGGCAAAUCAAGUUGAUCUUCAUGGCCAAUUUUGGUGGAAUCAUUUUAAAUCAAAAGAUUAGUCUUUUAACUGGUACUGCAAUUGUGUUCAUUUUAAUUGCUAUCAUCUCAUUUUUCACAUUACCAUCAAUUGUAAUUAACCAAAUUCACAAGCGACUGGUCCUUCGGGAAGGUUCGGAAACUUAUGAGAAUUGGAAACAAGUUCCGGUUCCAUUGUAUAAUCGAUACUAUUUUUUUAACAUUCGAAAUGCCAAUGAAGUUGAACGAUUUGGUGCCAAACCGGAACUCGAAGAGAUUGGACCAUUUACUUACCGGGUGUUACUUUCUAAACACAACAUAGUCCAUAAUCCAUCUAAUGGGACAGUUUCAUACAAGGAAAGGAGAACUUGGAUCUUUAUUAGGAAUCAAUCGGUUUCCGAUGAAUCUACAAUGGUCUCUACAUUAAACACUCCACUGGCGAUGACCUUAAAUUGGCUACAACAAGCAAGUCCAGCGGUUCGUUUGGUUGUCGGUGUCGCUCUUGAUACAACAUCUCAAGGAUUUUUUAUCAACCGAACGGUUAAACAAUUACUUUUCGAGGGUUAUCCUGAUGUAUUAACCACAUUUGGUCCACUCUUACGACCUGAACUUCCUUCUGCUUAUAACGGUAGAUUUGGAUUCUUUUAUCCUAAAAACAAUACCGAUGACGGAGUUUAUCGUGUCCACACCGGAGAGGAUAAUAUUAACCUACUCAAUGUAAUGGAAUCUCAUAAUGGUGCGACUUCCCUUAAAUACUAUUCAACCCCCGAGUGUAACUCGUUUGCGGGCACAACCAAAAGUGAGGUACGACCUCCACUUACCCCACAAACCAGGGAACUGCGUAUGUUUAAUGCUGAAAUUUGUCGUGUCCUUCGUUUGGUCAGGUCAAGACGCCAUUUAACCACACACGGCAUUGAAGCGGAAAGAUUUGUUCUUGACCCUUCAUUUUAUGCCAAUUCAGUUGACCAUCCACCUAAUGCCUGUUUCGCCACUAAACGAGCUACACGACCACAAUCACUUUUAUCCAUUCGAUCUGUUUCUUUCCUUCGGCAAGAUCCUUUACCCUCUGGAAUCCUUGACCUUGGACCUUGUAAAUAUGGUGCUCCCAUUUACCUUUCAAAUCCCCACUUUUUAGACGCUGAUCCCAUUUAUGGUCAUUCGGUAACCGGUUUAAAGCCUAAUAGGUCACGACACUCUUUCUGGAUUGAUGUUGAACCCACAACAGGAUCAACAAUCGGAGUCGCUGCUCGGGUACAACUGAAUGUGGCCAUUUCUACAGGUCAAGCUUCAAUUCGUUUUAGAAAUGUUCCCGAAAUAGCAUUUCCAAUCCUAUGGUCAGAAUAUACAUCAAGUUUAACCCCUCGUUUAAUUGAUAAACUUUUAAUUGUCCAAUGGAUUCCAGAAGCAUCAGCAAGAAUCGCAUCUUUCCUGUUCAGCACUUUAGCAUUCAUAUUAUUCACCAUAGCCUUAGGGAUCCACACGAUAAGAGUACUUAAAGAUAACAAAGAUCACAAAGCGAUCGAUGCUUUUAAAGUAUUAAAAUCCUUAGUACAAGGGAAAAAAGGAUCAAAUGGAAAUGUUGAUAGUUCAAGAGACAAUAGGAAUGGUAAUAACGCUCGAGGCGAAAUAACCAGAGGCCAUGAGUCCAGAGUUGGUGGAGGAGAGGGAACAAGAAUCAAUAAUGGUGUUGAUAAUUUAGCUUUCAAUGAAAUUUCACCUAAAUUGGGUUUACAGAAAUCAGAUGAUAUUGCAAAUUACAAGAGAUCGUUACAACAACAAUCAAUGGAAACAAGUAAAUUAAGUUUACCAAGUGCACCUUACGAUACAUUCACAGUUGCCAAUGAAGAGACCGUGCCAAAUACACCACCACGAAGGUUAUACAAGAAAUCAAACAAAUUGUCAACUCCAUCGGCACCAUCAGCACCUCCAUCGUCACCGAUAAAAACAACAAUGACAACCAAAUUUUCAACAGGAUCUCCAAUCUCAGUUUCAAAUUGAUUAAUCAAAAUUUGCAUACCAUUUUUCUCAUUAUUUCUCUUCAACAAUCAGAGCAACUUGUCAACAAUUAACUACAAAUCAUCGCAAAAGACACUUUUCCCACCUCCAUUUUUGAAAGAUCUUUUUUUUUUAAUUAUUUUUCUAUUGAAAGUAAUCAACAUUUUCAUCUGUAUCUAUUUAUCAUCAACCCUUAAUUAACCCAAAAUGGGCUUUCAUGUUUUUGUUUUUCAUCCUCUAAUUGUUACACUCAUUCAACGACAAUUAUGUGACAGUAUUAUUGUAAUAAUAAUAGUAUUUAUCCUCAUCCUCAUCAUCAUUUCAUAAUUUUUGUAAUUCAAGUCUCAACAAUCAAAAAGGAAGCAAAAAAUUGUACAAUUACAAAAUUGUACAAAAUUAAACAUUGGAUUUGAUCAAUGA